AUUUUGACAAGUUUUCUACUUGCAGAGCAGGUCCUUGAUGGAUGUCUGUUGAAAUGAGCCAUGCCGAUAUACCAUAUCCUGCUGACGAGCAUUACAGCAAGGCAGGCGAUAGAAUAGGCCCAGGGCAGCCCCCCAAAAGAAGGUGUGCUCCGUGGAGGAAUUGAGCAGUGUUAGUCAGCGGGCGUUUGUUAAGGGCUCCUUAGGGGAGACAACUAGAUGGCUCAGAGGAUAGAGUGCUCGGGCUGACGUCAGGAAGACCUGAGCUCGAAGCCAGCCUCCCAGGCUUCCUAGCAAACCCCGUUUGCCUUAACCCAUUGGGAGAAGGAAAUGGCUAACCAUUGUAGCGUCUCUGCCAAGAACAUGUGGUGGACAGAAUGACGGACAGGGUCACGAAGGAACUGAAGACUGAAGAACGACAAAUUUGCUAGAAACGUGCUAAUACAAACAAAAAGAAAGCCGGUCCCUGGCCUCGGGAAGCCUUCGUGCUAACGGGGGAGGACAAUGCAGAAAAGGAAACCAAAGCACAGUUAAGUGGGGUUGUGGGGAAUUGGCAUGGUAGAGAAGUCCAGAGCCUAGCCCGAGGAGAAAUGAAGACAGAGGCGGACUAGGGGCCCUCCUUAAAUGUUCUGGGCCGUCUAGGAAGAGUCAUUCAAUCAGAAGGGAGGCUCCACUGCUGACUCAGAGAAUGCGUCCAAGAAAGGCCCAGCUGGUGCCCAAGAGCCAACUUGGGAGAUUCUGGAUUCUCAUCAUUUUCAUCAGCAUCCUUUGCAUGUCUCUCCAACUGCUAGGAAACUUCCAACAAAUAAGUUGCAAACAGGAAAUCAAACAUCUUAUCCUUCAGCAAAAUAUCAAACUCCAACAGACAUCCCAGGAUCAAAAGAACCACAACUCCACAUUGUCUCCUCACUCCUUGGGCAGCAUCCCCAUCAGAAACACUGAAAGAACCCUGCAGAGAAUGGGGCAGAACCAAGGGCUUGAUCCCACUUUGCAAGAGCAGCAUGAACUAAGUUACCCAAAGGAGAAUGCCUUAGAUGAUGUCUGGUGGCUUUCUUAUUCCUCCAGCGACCUACAACCUUUAUCAUGGGGUUCUAAAAGAGCAGCCCAGGGCAAAGGCUGGAUUCCUCCUCAAACCAGAAGCACUGGCCUGGUUCCUAGGGCUGAAUAUUCCAUGAAUGGAGAAAGAGAACUGAGGAAGAGAAUGGAAAUGAAUGGGAACCCAGCAAGCAGAUCCUCUCACUCAGAAGGCAGGUCCCAACAGAACAAUCCUCAGGGUACAGGGCAAAUAGAUGAUGAAUUGCUAAUACCUCUAGCAGACACCACAAGAGCCCAGCCUCCAGGAAGAUUAAUGGAGGCUCCCCUAUUUGGCCAAAAAAUGUCAUUUAAGGGUCAAGCAAGGUCUAGGACUCUGGUUUCACCUUUUCUGGCUCCUAGUUUGCCAGAUCACCUUGUCUCUUCCCAUGAGGCAACCUGCACACCCAAGACCCACAUCUUUUUUCUGAAGGUCCACAAGAGUGCCAGCAGCACCAUCAUGAACAUCCUCUUCCGUUUUGGAGAGCAACGAAACCUCACCUUUGCUCUUCCCAUCAACCAGUUGAGUCAACUCUUCUAUCCUUUCUACUUUGUGGCUGAGGUUGUGGAGGGGUUCACAGAUGGCACAAGCCCUUCAUUUGACAUCAUGUGCCACCAUAUGAGGUUCCUGCAAUCUGAGGUCCAGAGGGUCAUGCCAAACGACACCUUCUACUUCUCCAUCCUCCGAAAUCCCAUUCACCUCAUGGAGUCAUCUUUCACCUACUUCAAGGGCAGUUCCUCCUUUUUUAGUGCCAAAAGUCUAGAUGACUUCUUGAACCACACAAACAAGUUCUAUGACCCCCUGAAGAUUGACAGCCACUACAGUCGAAAUCUCAUGACCUUUGACUUUGGUUUCAACCACAAUGGGAAGGUCUCUCCCCAGCACAUUCAGCUGCUUGCCCGGAUCAUUGAAAACCAAUUUGAUCUUGUCUUGAUUGCAGAGUAUUUUGAUGAAUCAAUGAUACUACUAAAAGAAGCCCUCUGCUGGAGCCUAGAUGAUGUGGUGUCUUUCCCCAUUAAUCAACAAGAUGCCUCAUACCAUUCUCCAUUGUCUUCAAACACCAUUCAUAAAAUCAAGAGUUGGAAUAAGCUGGACUGGGAACUCUACCUGCAUUUCAAUCAUACCUUCUGGGAAAGAAUUGACCAGAGCAUGGGUAGGCAGCACCUACAGCAGGAGGUGGCUGCCUUAAGGAAGCGGAGGAAACAACUGGCAAGGAUCUGCCUCCAGGGGGAACAAAGUGUCCACCCCUGGGAGAUCCAGGACAAAUUGCUAGCGCCAUUCCAGUAUGGCAAAGCUAGAAUUCUUGGCUACAACUUAAAGAAUGGGUUGGACAAGGCAACAAGACGAGCCUGCCAGAGUCUUGUCAUGCCUGAACUCCAGUAUAGUCAAAGGCUGUACAAGAGACAAUUUCCGCAAAAGGCCAUCCAGCUUAGCCAGGCUAUGGCAAAGAAACAUUCUAAGGUCUAUCACAUGAGGAAGCAGGGGCCUUUCAAGAGCCAUUCUGAAACAUCUUAAGCAUCUCUUUUCUGAUCCAAGUUUUGACUGAUUAAGAACCAGAAGGGGAUGCUGACGUGGGCUCUGAUGGGGCAUGGACACAAAUCAGUUAUGCUUAUAAGACCCACGUGUUCCCUGGACAUUUGAUGGAGUUCUGAACAACAUCAGCUGGAUUCUUUACUCUCUGGGAUAGAUAACAGCAUAAACAACGGGGCAGACAUCAGCUGGAUUAGUGAAACAAUGAUCUAAACACAUGUGGGACUCUUCAGAGACUGAACAUGGGGGUGAAUACACUCAGCCAAACAGAAGCUUGGAUUUUCUCCAUUCUCUCUCCUUGAUGAGAAGGAACAAGACAGUUUAUUCAUUUCAAAGUCCUGAGCAAAUAGACCUUAGAUUCCUCAAAACAUCCAGAAUACUUGAAAUUAAAUACGUAAUACUGAAAGCUCCAUCCCAAGCAUUAGACCAAAGGAUAUAAGCACUCUCCUCCUGGCACAGGCUUAUGCCAAGGCUAAAAUGAGACUGGUCUUUGAGUAAACCCAUAGCAAAGUUGGUGAUCAGAUAUGGAAAAUUGCCAUGACAAUUUAAUAAAUGAGCAGUUGAUUAUUUGA